GCCAAGCUGUUCGCCACGGCGUCGUCUCAGUUGGCGCGUCCCACUUCCGUGUCCGCGGAGUCGCUUCUCUUCUGCGUCGCCUCCGAGGACUGCGCCGAGCUGAGAGAUUUCAAACGACGCAAGGAACGAGGACGCAUCGAGGUGGAGAGCGUCCACGUGGUGGAGAAGGCGAGCCUGGGCGUGAGCGCGACCGAGGUGGCCGGCAACAACGACUCGAGCGUCGGCGGCGGCGGGGGCGUGCCGCCGGGGCUGCCCUUUCAGGUCGGCUAUCGAGAGGCUGGGCAAGAGUACACGCUGUACCUCGUCGCUGCGAGGGAACAGGAUCGCGCCGACUGGAUUCGAGCUCUACGUGCUGUGUGCAGCGAGAACCCGGGCCUGAGCGGGCGCUACCACACGGGCUACUGGAGCGGCAAACGGUGGUCCUGCUGUCGCGUGUCCAGCCGCUCGGCCGAGGGCUGUGACACCUGCAGCUUCUGGUCGCAGCCGAGCAACAACAGUACCACCACCACCACCACCACCACCACCACCACCGGGACUAGUAUCAUCAACAGCACGACGACAGCGUCCUCGAAGCAACAGCAGCAGACGGCCAACACCGUGACGUGCGGUGCGGCGCCGAGCGUCGCCUCCUCGACGAACAGCAGCAGCGCCGAGAGGCAAUCGUCCAACGCUUGCACCGCUGCGGCGUCUCCAGUGACGGCUGUGACCACCACAACCACCACGACGACGGGCUGCAACAACUCCGAGGCCAACAACAAUCCUGUCGUCCAGUCGCGCUCCAACAACGCUACACCUUCGACACCAGUGAUGCCGGGCGGUACGCCGGGAACGCCAUCCUCCAAAGCAAAGGAAAAAUUGAUGAUACGCAGCAAAGUCGUCGUCGCAUUGUAUCCGUUUCGAGCUAUCGAAGGUGGCGACUUGUCUCUUGAAAAGGGCGCGGAAUACGAGGUGCUGGACGAUUCCCAGGAGCACUGGUGGAAAGUCAAAGACGAGCAUGGAUCGAUCGGCUACAUUCCCAGCAACUAUGUCAAGGAAAAGGAACUGCUCGGCCUCCAAAAAUACGAAUGGUACGUGGGCGAUAUGUCGAGGCAGAGAGCCGAGUCUUUGCUCAAGCAGGAGGACAAGGAGGGCUGCUUUGUCGUGCGCAACUCGUCGACGAAGGGCCUCUACACCCUCUCACUGUACACAAAAGUACCUCACCCGCACGUGAAGCACUACCACAUCAAGCAGAACCAACGGGGCGAGUUUUAUCUCUCGGAGAAACAUUGUUGCGGCUCGAUUCCCGAUCUCGUUAAUUACCACCGGCACAACAGCGGGGGACUCGCCAGCAGACUCAAGGCCAGCCCUUGCGAUCGACCCGUUCCGCCGACCGCUGGACUCAGCCACGACAAAUGGGAAAUCGACCCAGCCGAGCUGCACUUGCUCGAGGAACUGGGCUCCGGUCAAUUUGGCGUGGUGCGAAGGGGAAAAUGGCGCGGAUCUAUCGACGUGGCCGUCAAGAUGAUGAAGGAGGGCACGAUGUCCGAGGACGACUUCAUCGAGGAAGCUAAAGUCAUGACCAAAUUACAGCACCAAAACCUAGUCCAGCUUUAUGGCGUCUGCAGCAAGGACCGGCCGAUUUACAUAGUCACGGAGUACAUGCGCCACGGAUCUCUGCUGAAUUACCUCCGUCGUCACGAGGCCACACUCGGAUCCAAUGUCGGAUUGCUCUUGGACAUGUGCAUACAGGUGUGCAAGGGUAUGGCGUACUUGGAGAGGCACAACUACAUACACAGGGAUCUGGCUGCGCGCAAUUGCCUCGUUGGCUCGGAGCACGUCGUCAAAGUCGCAGAUUUCGGUUUGGCCAGGUACGUGUUGGACGAUCAGUACACGAGCAGCGGGGGUACAAAGUUCCCGAUAAAGUGGGCCCCGCCCGAGGUGCUGAAUUACACGAGAUUCAGCUCAAAGUCGGACGUUUGGGCUUACGGCGUGCUCAUGUGGGAGGUGUUCACGUGCGGGAAAAUGCCAUACGGCCGGCUGAAGAACACCGAGGUCGUCGAGCGCGUCCAGCGCGGGAUCAUACUCGAGAGACCCAAGGCUUGUUUCAAGGAAGUCUACGAGGUGAUGAGAAAGUGCUGGGCCCACUGUCCCGAGGUCCGGCCGUCGUUCCGCGUGCUCAAGGAACAGCUGAUCAACGUGUCGCAGGGCCUGCUCAACGAUUGACUUAGUCUCCUGCGGUGC